AACGCUUUUUUAAUUGUUCGGUCCAAGAUGGCGAGAAAAAUUAAAGGAACAACAGAUCAAGAGAAAAUAGUGUAAUAUUGAAUAAAUAAAUUUGUUUUUUUUUGUUGUUUGGUAGCCGCCAACAACUGAAUAAUAUGUCUAAGGCAAAAGAAACAAAAAAGAAUAAAAAUAAUACGACCAACAGCAGCAGCACCACCAACACCAACAAUACCACAAUGAAACAAAGUGUAAACGGCCAAGAAACGAUGGAGACAACGUCGACGGCGGCAGUAGUAACCAAAAAUUCCAAUCAACCAGAUAGAAAAAUAAUGGAAAAGUGUGAGAAUGUCAUACAAUUUGCCAAAGAUUUGGAUACAGAGGAAGACAAUGACGAUGAGGACGACGAUGAUGAUGGUAGUGAUCAAUUUCAUUCCGCCCCCACCACACCUACCAGAUCGAAUAGUUCGUUGAAAUCCUUUUGCACGCAGCAGCAGUCUCAGCCAACUUCAGGAAGACGUGAAGAGAAGGAAAGUGGUGCAAAAACGACCACGACCACUUCUGGCGAAGCGUUGCCUUUACACAAAUGCAUCUUUUUAAAUGACAUUGCCGAGCUGAAGAAACUUCUGCAGAGUAAGCGUGAAAAUCUGUCGCUGAAGGACAAGCAUGGCAAUACGCCUUUGCAUUUGGCCGUUAUGUUGGGCCGUAAGGAAUGCAUAAAACUGCUCUUGGACUAUGAUGCCACGGUAAAGAUAAAAAAUAAUGAAGGUUGGACAGUGCUGGCAGAGGCAAUAUCCUAUGGGGAUAGGGAUACGAUUGGUUUGUUGUUGAAAAAGUUGCGACAACAGUCGCGGGCGCAUUUGGAAUCACGGAGAUCUUCAAUGAUCAAGGGGCUGAAGCAGAUACAAGAUUUCUAUAUGGAGCUCAAGUGGGAUUUUACAUCAUGGGUACCGCUGGUGUCUCGCAUGUUACCCUCCGAUGUGUGUAGGAUUCACAAGUGUGGCACCUCGCUGCGUUUGGACACCACUUUGGUGGACUUCAAUGAUAUGCGCUGGGAACGUGGAGAUAUUUCGUUCAUCUUUCGUGGUGACCAUCCCAUGAAUCAUUCCAUUACGGUGCUGGACAAUGAAUAUCAAUGCUAUCAGCACAUACACUAUGAGGAUUCCGAUAUUGAUGAUGAAGUGGACAUUUUAAUGUCCAGUGACAUUUUGGCAGCCCACAUGUCCACAAAGAGUAUACAGUUUGCACGAGCCCAAACCGGCUGGAUAUUUAGGGAGGAUCGCAAAGAAAUGGUGGGCGGACAAUAUCAAUCGGAACUGUAUUCUGUACAGGGUCUGGUGUUAAAACAACGUAAACGUCGCGAACACUUGACCCAGGAUGAUAUACAAAAGAAUAAAACCAUGUUGGCUACCAUGUCCCAGGGUCGUCGUUCUAGUCUUACGAACAGUAAUAGCAAUUCAACAGAUGCCAGUUCCACCAAUGGUUCAAAUCACACCAUAGAAGUUGUGCGGCGCUCCUCAUUGCCACCACCACCAAAGCCCUCCAUAUCGUGGGAACAAUACAUAAAUGCCGAGACUGGUAAAUGCCCCCAGCUGGGGCGACCACCCGUCCACAAACAAUCCAAUAAAUCGCUGAAAGCCACUGUUGCCAUGUCCAAAGAUUUUCCCCUAUCCGUCGAAAUGUUACUGAACAUCUUGGAGGUAAUUGCGCCGUUCAAGCACAUCAAUAAGCUGCGGGAGUUUGUCAAUUUGAAAUUGCCUCCCGGCUUUCCGGUCAAGGUGGAAAUACCGGUGCUGCAUACGGUCACGGCAAAGAUAACAUUUCAGAAAUUUGAAUUUCGUGACAAUAUAUCACCGUCGUUAUUUGAAAUUCCGAAAAAUUAUGUUGAGGAUUCAAGGCGUUUUCCAGACUUAUGACCUGGUGGUGGGGAACAGCAGCAACAGCAACAGACGGGUCAAACUCAACAGAAAGCAGGUGCUGCUAAUGGUGGGGAUAUGACCGCCGAUGUCAAUCGUAAUAAAAACGAUAGAUUUUAAAUUACAACAAAAAAAAAAGACAAUCUAAAGAGUGGGAAAACAAACAACAUCAGCAACUACAACAAUAAUCCUUUAGAGAACAGGGAUUUCACAUAAUUAAAUAUAAAUUGACAACAAAACAACAACAACCCAGAAAAAAAAGAAAAUAAAAUCUUCAAAAAGAAAAACAAUAACAACAACACAUGGAAAGAAGAUAAAACAAAUUGAGGCAUUUUUUCGCAACUAGUUUGUAUUUGAUAAAAAAAAAGAAACAGAAAAAAAAACAACCCAAUUAAAUGUAACGUAUCAUCCUGCAUCUCAAUACAAAUCUUUUAUAUAAAUUCACAAUCUUACACACACUUCAUCUCCAAAAAUCUCAAUGCCAAAUAUGAAAGGUAGCAACAGCCACUAACAGAAACUUUAAACAUUUUUCAAAUAUCAAUCGGAAUUAUAUUCUGUACAGGGUUUGGUGUUGAAACAAUGUAAAUGUCGCGAACACUUGACCCAGGAUGAUUUCCAAAAAAAAAAGAAAUAAAACCAUGUUGGCCUCCAUGUCCCAAGCUCAUCGUUCUAGUCUUACGAACAGUAAUAGCAAUUCAACAGAUGCCAGUUCCAUCAAUGGUUCAAAGCACACCAUAGAAGUUUUUCAAAUGAAAUUGUUCUCAUAUCAAAAUCAUGGCUUCUAUAUAGUAAAAAUUUCUUCACUCUUUACCUUUAGAAUUUCUUACUCCCCAAAAUACCUUCUUGUGUGUCUUAAAUAUUUUUCCUUAAAUUUAUAAAUCAGACAUCAAACUUUUACCAAAAAAAUUGUACAAAUUGUCCAAUUCUCAUAUGAAAAACGAUCAAGACGUUUACUUUAAAAAAUUCAACAAUUCCCUCACCCUUUACCAUUUUGAUUUCCUGCUUAUCAAAAAACUUUUAUGUCUGUCUGCAAAUUAUUUUCAUAAAAUUUGUAAAAGAUGAUCAUCACCAAUCAAACUCCAAGAUGAUCCAAAUAAAAUUUUUCAAAAAAAAAAAAAAAAAAAUCGAGGCAUUUAUUUUAAAAAAAGAAUCGAAGUUCUCUCUGGUUACUAUUUCUUUCUUCAACAACUUUUUGCAAUAUUUCAAAGAAGUUGUUCAAAAUAAAUGUUGUGCGUUUGUCAAAUCAUCAAAAGUGGUUGAAAUCAAAAAAAUCCAAAUUCUCUCUGAUACCUAUUUUUCCUCAACAACUCAUGAAAAUGUUUCUACGCCUUCCUGGCUUCCAAAUUACCAUUCUCGUUAAACUUUCAUAUUCUGGCAUUGAUUUACAAACACUUGCCUUUCACAUCGUUUCAAACUCUAAUUUCACAAAAUAAUGAUUGUUUCCUAGACUCUCUCUCUCUCUCUCUCUCUCUUAUACACAUCAUGAAUAUCAUCUCUCUCACUAAAAGCUGCAUUAUCACUAUACUUAU